GAAAAUAUAUAUACACUGCCCAAUGCAUUGACAGUCUCUAGAAUACUCAUGACUCCUAUAAUUGGGUAUCUGAUUGUUCAACAGUCUUUCACUAUGGCAUGUGGUUUAUUGGCUGUUGCUGCAUUCACUGAUUUGCUUGAUGGAUUUUUGGCUCGUCAAUACAACCAAAAAACUGUUUUGGGCUCAGUAUUGGAUCCUGCCGCCGAUAAGAUCCUAAUGGUCACCUUGGCUGUUUCUCUGUGUCAGGCUGGACUGGUUCCAUUUUAUUUGGCAUCACUGAUUAUAUUUCGAGAUAUCGCAUUGGUUGCUGCUACUGCAUUCUAUAGAUAUAUCUCUCUUUCUCCACCAAAAACUAUUGCAAGAUACUUUGACGUUUCGCUACCAUCCGCCGAGGUUCAUCCACCAUUGAUUUCCAAAAUCAACACUUUCUUGCAGUUGGCACUCAUGGCUGCAUCAAUAUCCAUGCCAAUUAUUGGUCUCACCGAGCAUUUUUUCUUGACAUGUCUUCAAUAUGCUACAGGAAUUACUACGAUUUGGUCAGGGCUGCACUACUUGAUUUCUCCCAAUGUCAUCAAAAUACUAAAACAGUAA